GAUAUUAAUAGGGGAUCAGUCGCCAGCUAGAAUGCGACUCUACGCUGAAAGCAAGUCCUCCUGGAGAGAAUAUCGAGUGCCCGCGGCGAGCGCUUGACGUCGCGAUGGCAGAGGCUGUAGCAGCUGAGCGCUUGUCAUCCGUACCUAGCCCCUCUCCGAAUGCUGCUGGCGCCUCGCACGCGGCAUCACCCAAUCCCUCUCCAAAGCUGAGGCCCUUGCUGCUUGCAAGCAAAUCGAGCUCACCCGUGGCCACAUCUCUGCCGCCACCUCCUCCUCAGUCCAAGCCCGAUCUGCCUCGGAGCAGCUGUGCCACAACCGCCGCUUCGUUUGCCUCACCACAACGGGAACCACUUACAGAAGGAGGGGCGUUGCUCCUAUCUCCAGCUCCAUCGUAUGAAAAUCCAUCCGAGCAGUGGGCCAUACCGGCUGAUUCUGAGGGUGCGCUUGUCCGAAAGACGUAUGCAUACUUUGACAAAGAGGGCAUCUCGGGCGACGGCUUCGUGGAAGGGAACGAGUUCACCCGACAAAAGUGUCAGGUCUACCCGUGGGAGCGCCUGAGGAAGGCCUCUGCGCGACAUUCAGCUCCGAGACCAUCCCAGCUGGGAGCAGGCAGCGUCUGGCGGGAAGGAAAACUCGAGGUGGGCCUCACCCACCCUGAUGAUCGCCACCACUCGACUCAGAGCUCCGCACUCAGUGCGCCGGCAACCGGCGAAGAGGAUCUCGCAGAGCUAGCAAGUGCCACGUCUGCUACUACCCUCGAGCCUGCUGCGGAAGGAACCGGGGGUGAGGAGGUGCCCGUCACGGCCAGCUCUGCGGAGGAAGUCUCGAGCGAGGGCUACGACGAACUCAUCAAUCGCAUCGACAGAUAUGGGUUCUUUUCUUCGAACCUGAGCACGCGCAUCGCGCAAGGCCGAGUCGUGGUGCUGCACUCUGCUCCAUUCAAGAAGCUGCCCAAAGUACGUUCAGCACGGCGUGUCACAUCCUCUCCCUUGGCGACUUCCGGGCUGGACGCGUUUGCAGCUGAUGAAGAGGUCAAUGCUGCUCAGAAAGCAGCGGAAGUGGGCUUCUCCAAGCGCAAUAGCGCGGAGAGUCAGCUGAGGAAGAAGGAACUGGGUCGCAUCGCCAAGUGGGAGAAAAUGCUGGUUCCUAUCAAAUCGGUUGAUGAACCAGCGACGAGGUUCAAACUGUCGGCCAACACGAAUGCACGCAAAGUCCGCAGGCGCGUCUUCAAGGGCAUUCCUGAUCGAUGGCGAGCCGCCGUCUGGGAAGCGCUCAUCCGACAGCAAGUCGAAACGCUCAAAGGCAAAGGGUGGCAGCAGUCUUCUCAAGCUACUUCCAAAUUACAUUCAUUUGCGCAAGCCAUGCACCUGCCUUCCAGCCACGAUGUCCAGAUCGACUUGGACGUGCCGAGGACGAUCAAUGGGCACAUUCUCUUCCACACCCGCUACGGACUGGGCCAACGCAACCUAUUCCGCGUGCUGCACACCUUCAGCCUGUUGUGCGACGCAUGUGCGUACUGCCAAGGCAUGGGCCCGAUCGCCGCCACUUUCCUCUGCUACCUUCUCCCGGAGCAAGCAUACACGUCCAUGGUCGGCCUUCACGAUGCGUACGGCCUGCACAAAGUCUUUAAGCCAGGGUUCCCCGGCCUGGUCGAGCUGUUUUACGUGCAAAGGCAGCUGAUGCAGGCGUUCAUGCCGGACGUGCUCGCCAAGCUCGAUGGCCACAUGAUCACGACGAGCUCGUAUGCCACCAAGUGGUACAUUACGCUGUUCAACAGUGUCGUGCCUUUCGACACGCAGCUGCGCAUAUGGGACGCGUUCCUUCUCGAAGGCCCCAGCGUACUCGUCAUUGUCGCGCUCGCCAUUCUGUGGGCCUACCGGGUGCAGCUAAGCGAUCCCUGCUGCUCAUUUGAACAUACCCUCGGAUCUCUCUCCUCCUAUUUUAUACCCGAAAAUGACGACGUGUUGAUGGCAUGGGUGGGCGAGGUGCUGCAGCAGAGCGCGGUCAAGGAAGCGAUCCAGAUCGCGCGCAGCGACUGGGCGAAGUUGGAGGCUGAAGGGAGAGCGGGAGACGUCACUCUAUAGAGCACUUUCCAUCUAUGUAUACCCGUUGCUGCGAUGCUAUAUUAUAACGUUCUCUC